UCUACUCCAGAAAAAUGGGAAUUUGGGAUUUUCAGCUUCUCCUCCUUCCUUUCUUUCUCAUUCUGUAAACAUUGAAUUCAAAGGCCCAAAAAAUGCAUAGACAAUCACUAAUUUCUCUCUUCAAGUUGCUCCGGAGACACCCUUUUCAACCUUCUACGCAACCCAUAUUUGCAUUUUCCAUCGAAUCGCUCUCACCGAUUCCGACUCGACUCGUUCCCAACUCACUCAUACCACUGAGCCCCAAAUUUCUUCACACUUACACCUCAAAUCUUUACACAUCUGCAAAUCCACUUCACCGUACCCUCCACGAUUGGUCCCCGACUUAUAAAACUCGGAGAAAGCAGAGUACUGAGUCAGGAGGUGACCCAGCUCCCGCGUUGGAUGUAAACAGAGAAGUGGACAUGAUAAAUCUCAAGUUUGCAGAAGCAAGAGAGGAGAUACAGAUGGCAAUGGAGUCAAAAGAGACUGUGUAUUUCAAUGAAGAGGCAGAGUGUGCACGGACUGCGGUGAAAGAAGUGCUGGACAUGUUUGAGGGACUAUUGGGGAAGUUGCCCGAGAGCGAAAAGGCGGCUUUGCAGAGGUCAAUGGGACUGAAGAUUGAGCAGUUGAAGGCUGAGCUUCAACAGUUGGAUGAUUAAUGAGGUUGGUGAUAGUGGGUACUAGCCGAUUUUCGUUUGGUGCAUUCUUUUUGGGGUUUUGGAUAAUGUAUUAGGUUUUCGCUGAGGUUAUAGAAUCAUAAGUGAAAAGGUUUAUGUGAUGGAAACUUAAAGAGAGAUGAUUUUGAAUAAUGGAUUAGGAGUUUGUUCCUGAAGUUUAAUUAUCUUAUGGCACUAAUCAUAAAUUUUUUUUUAACCUUUGGAAUAAAACGAUUUUGUUUUGCUGUAACUUUUGAUCAUUUGCGAGUGGUAUAACACUAACAAUAGUUAUAUGCUUCUAA